AUGAGUUUCAAUUUCAGCCCGACCGCUUCUGCGCAACAGCUGGCGGACAACAUUCCCCAUGGCUUAGCAAUCCUCAAUAGGAACUACGAGCUGGUUUCCCAGAAUUCUAGUUUCCGAAUGCUGAUUGCCUGUUCCGACGCGAAGUUUCCACAUUGCUUGCUGCAAUCGGUCCACCUAGACGACGUCCACCGGGUUAAUACUUGGUUCAACGAAGCUUUGUCGACCAAAGCAGCGCUACGCAUUGAAUACCGGACUCGGAAUCAGGAUAUGUGGCGUGUGAUGACUUCGAGUCCUCUUCUUGCACAUGGUCAUGAGUUUGGCCUUGAUGCCCAUGGCGGAUUUAUCGUCACGAUCUCGGACAUCACACCAGAGAAGAGGGCAGAGUAUUACCAAAAACAGCUUGCCAAAGACGCACAAGAACACAGACAGAAUCAAGAGCGAUUUAUCGACAUGAUUAGCCAUGAGAUUCGGAACCCGCUUUCCGCGAUAUUACACUGCACCGAGGAUAUUCUUCAGGAAACACGCGAGACUGAAGACCACGAAGCGCUCCUUUCACGUAUCACCGAGUCAGCGGAGACCAUCUCUCUGUGUAUCUCCCAUCAGAAAAGGAUUCUCGAUGAUGUCCUUACUUUCUCGAAAAUCGACUCAUCAAUGCUGCUUCUAUCACCGCGGAGUGUCCAACCAAAUCAAUAUUUUGCGGGCCCACUUUCUCUUUUUCGGCCGCAGCUGCAAAGAAACAACAUACAUUUCGACUAUCAAGCCGACGUUUCGUAUGCGGAUUGCGGAAUUGAAUGGGUUAUGGCCGAUGUUGAUCGUAUGGGCCAGGUUCUCAUCAACCUUCUCUCCAAUGCAAUAAAAUUCACUGCCAGGUGUGAAAAUGCGCGGAGAAUUCGAGUUUCAAUCGGUGCUUCAAAAGACCGUCCUUCUUCAUACCCUCCGAACGUUGUAUUUUUCACGUCAGGCAAGGCUGCGCUCGGUCUUGAUACGACAGCUUCGCCUGAGUGGGGUGACGGAGAGUUCGCGUACAUUAUGCUCGCUGUUAAAGAUUCCGGUAUCGGCAUCGAUGAUGAUGCCCAGAUGCGGUUAUUUGAGAGAUUUAACCAAGCUACCCCAAGGACAGAAGGGAUUUAUGGCGGCUCAGGUCUAGGCCUCCACGUCAGUAGAAAAUUGUGUCAUCUACAUGGCGGGGAAAUUGGUGUCAGUUCGAAGAAAGAUGAGGGAAGUACAUUUGGAUUUUUCUUUCGAGUGCGCAAGACUAUACACGCCGGUGCAGAGGGCGUUGGCAAGGUUGGUGUCUCGGACGUGGACAAGUUGUCCCAUGACAUCCAAGCGCUGGGCCGGGAAUUGUACGAGGUUGAAGAAUCGACUCAAGACGUACAGAUACCAGAAGACCCUCCACUGAAUCAGAUUGAUGAGUUGAGAAGAGGAGGCCCCGUGGACGAAAGAACGAGGAAUACUGAUAAAAUUGCGCGGCAAGUAACAAUUCGCAAUAGUGAAAGCCACCAAAGCCACAAGGAACCAAAUACCGGUCGACGCAUACUCGUGGUUGAGGAUAACAUCAUUAACAGGCGAAUCCUCUCUCGGAAAUUGGGAUCACUAGGAUUUCAAAUCAUGGAGGCCAAUAAUGGCCAAGAGGCUUUGAAUAAGUUCCAGAACAACAAGAUCGAUUGCAUUCUCAUGGAUAUAGAAAUGCCUGUGAUGGAUGGUAAUGCCGCAACCAAGCGCAUUCGAGAGCUUGAGAAGGACAGCGAUAGACACGUUCCAAUUUUGGGAGUAACAGCGAAUGUCAGAGCGGCACAAAAAUCGGAAAUGUUCGAGGCUGGGAUGGACGAUAUCAUCCACAAGCCGUUUCGUACAGAUGAAAUCCUCGCGAAGAUUAACCAGUUUGUCCCUGCAAGUUUGGCGUUAACAAAUAAAUAA